AUGUGCGGCAGUGAUAUCUUCUUGGGCUUCCUGGCCAUUCUCUUCCCUCCCAUCGCUGUAUGGGUCAAGCGCGGCAUCUGCUCAGCCGACUCACUCAUCAACAUCGCCCUUUGCGUCUUGGGUUACCUGCCCGGUCUACUCCACUCCUGGUACAUCAUCUCGCGAUACCCCGAUCCGACGUACGACGAGCUCGCUCAGGAACCUGAGGGAGGCCGUGUGACAUACUACUAUGUCCAACAGAGCCACCGUCCUUCGGUGAGCAGCUCAAGGGGUCCUGGCUACGGAACCAUCACCGGUGCUCCCAGCAGUCAAGCUGAGGGAUCGCAACCCCAGCAAUACCGCCAAGAUCAGCAGAUGCCUAGCGCGUCAAAGGGCGAUGCUGCAAACCCUCCCACCUACGCUGAGGCUGUUAAGGGCAACAACAAGGUCCAGUCACACGACUAG